UUUUUUUCUUUCUAUCUAUUAUCCUUUUUGUUACCAAAAUGAGCAAACAAGAACAAGAUAAUUUGGAAAAAACCUUGAAUAUUUUAUCAAAGAAACUUUUAUCAACUCAAAUUCAAUAUAGACAUACAAAACAAACUGUACAUACAAAACACGCUUUUUUACUUGGUUCAAAAACAGUGUUACAAAACGACCUUGCCCACGUUUUUAAACUUGAUCAACAAAAACGGAAAAGAACAAAAAAUAUUUUACAACCUCCUCCAGGUUUAUUACCACUCUUAUCUCAUAAAGGUAUUUCUCAUAACAACUAUACACCCAGUGACUCUUUAAUAGUACAUUCUUGUACUGCCAAUCUUCAACAUGACCGCGUUUAUUUUAGAAUGACUAUUAUAAACCAAACUGUGGAAAGUAUUUUACAAGCACAUUUAGUAUGGAUGUCUCCUUUACCUUGGACUCCUUUUGCAUUGGAUCGUUCUACUUUGUAUACUAUACCAUCAUCUUCAACUCAAGUAUUAUAUGCUGCUACAACUAUACCAUCUCAUUUAUUAUUCACUCCUCAACAACUGACAUCCAUGGAUAUCAAAGCAGCAUGUAGAUAUAUGACAGAAAAUGGUGAUUGGUUACAAUCAUCUUCUAUUCAUAUACAAUGGGUAGAUUCAAGACAAUGGAUGAAAGAUGAUAUUGACUCUAUACAAAAUUGGGCUCCUAUACUCUAUCCAUAUCAAUUACACCUUUCAUCAACUUUAUCAUCAUCUUCAUUACAACAUUGGAUACAUUUGAAUGAUGAUGUUCAUCUUACAUCUGAUGGAUCAUUAUUAUUUAUUCAAGGAAAUCCUCAUUUUUCACCUAUUCAAGGACAUUUGUAUAGUAUCAACAAUCAAUCAUUGGCAUCUUGGUUAGAACAAAACAAACAUCUAUCAAAUAAGAUUUUACCAUGGGAUGGAAUGGCUUUGGAUACUAGUCAACGUUUACAAAAAAGUAUAGUUUCCCUUGUAGAUCAAGCACAUCCAUCAUCAUCAUCAUCUCAUUUAGCCAAUAGGGAAAAUAGUUUAGCACAUCUAUCCACAUUACUUUAAUUAUUUCUAUCAAUAAUUUUGGUCUCCUCUUCAUUCUUUUGAUUUGUUCGGGUUAAGUGCGUUUUCCUAAUAAAGUCAAG